GGGGGUCAGGGUCCAUGCAUGCCCCUGUCCCCUGAGAAUGAGAGGUGGGGAUGGGAGGGCCCCGCCCAAUCUUCCCUCCUCGCCUCCCUGCCCCCACGCAGCCAGCAGGCCUCCCCUGGGCCAGCCACCGCAUCAUCAAUAUUUCACUGGCGUCAGAAGAGGCAGCGGCCAGACAGCGGCUGCGGCAGCUCUUGUGACUGCUCCAGCCACUGCUCACAGGCGAGUCGAGAGGUUCAGUCUCCUGCCCCUGCCUGUCAUCAUGGAUGUCUUCAAGAAGGGCUUCUCCAUCGCCAAGGAGGGAGUGGUGGGUGCCGUGGAGAAGACCAAGCAAGGGGUAACUGAAGCGGCCGAGAAGACCAAGGAAGGUGUCAUGUAUGUGGGAACCAAGACCAAGGAAGGUGUUGUGCAGAGUGUGACCUCAGUGGCUGAGAAGACCAAGGAGCAAGCUAAUGCUGUGAGUGAGGCUGUGGUCACCAGCGUCAACACCGUGGCCAAUAAGACAGUGGAGGAGGCAGAGAACAUCGUGGUCAGCGCUGGAGUGGUGCAGAAGGAGGACCUGGAGCCUGCUGUCAGCCCUCAGGAGGAAAAGAAAGUCGACGUGGAAGAGGAAGUGGCUGAGGAGGCCAAGAGUGGAGAUGAAUAGAAGACGCCAGUCCUCUGAGAAGGAACAACCUCUGCCCUAAAUCUCAUCCUCUCCUGAGUCCUGGAGUGUGACUGACUUAUUCCUAAGGUUCCUGAGCUCCUGCUGCCCUCCA